AUGGGCUCCAUGGCACCGAACCGUCUGGUCCGCGAACCAUUGCAAAAAGGCAACAGCAUCGACCACCUAGAAUACGUCGAUGUCACGCCGAUCAUUGGUCGCGAGUACCCGACGGCAAAGCUGAAGGAAAUGCUCACGGCCGCCAACUCGGACGAACAGCUUAGAGAUCUGGCCAUCACGAUAUGCGAGCGUGGCGUUGUGUUCUUCCGGGCGCCACAGGAUGACUUGACGGUGGACGAGCAGAAGCACAUCACUGAUCUGCUCGGGAAGCUCUCCGGUCGACCUGAAGAGAACGGUCUGCACGUUCAUCCUCUGUACAAUGAUCCCAAUAACCUUCCGAUGGCUGAUGGCACCACGGACAAGAACAUGAUGGCGAGAUAUGUCAUCAACUCUGAAGCCCAGAAGAAGCUGUACGCCACGAUGAAGAACCGACCUGGUGCCGGUAUGGAGCCACGAGAUCUUGGACGAGAGUGGCACAGCGAUUCGCUCUUCGAGAAUUGCCCUUCAGACUUCUCUUUCCUUCGAAUGCAGGAUACGCCACCCGCGGGCGGCGAUACACUGUGGGCCUCGGGGUAUGAGAUAUUCGAUCGGUGCUCGCCACCGAUGCAGAAGUUUCUGGAGAGCCUGACAGCCGAGUGUGCACAGCCUGUAUUCAAGUCAGCCUGUGAAGCGGGUAAGUAUGAUGUGAUGAGCCCAAGAGGUUCGCCAUUGAACAAGGAAUAUGAGUUCGCGCCGCAUCACCCGGUAGUUAGAACGCAUCCAGUGACCGGCUGGAAGAGUUUGUUUGCUGGUGUUGGCUUGCAUGUCAGCAAGAUCGAUGGCUUGUACGCGUAUGAAGACAGAUGGUCCGGGACUAUGUGA